AUGUUGAAAUUUCUAUCGAAGGUGAAGGUCGAAUUCAACGCGAUCGACCCGCGCAUCGCGUCAUGUAUGGAGUUCCUAGCCCAAUGCAACGCCCCAAAGGCGAAGGAGUCCAACCCGGCUUGUCAAAUACAGGUGAACCGCCGCACCAACGACCACCCGCCGCAGAUCACCGUCACCUUCGUCAACGGCGUCGAACAAACGUAUGAUGCCACUUCCACCCCCGCCCAAAACAUUCGCGCCAUGAUUCUUGAGAAGGGUCAGUAUCUCGAGACCGAGCAGAUGUUCCGUGACGCUGGCGAGAAGUGGCCCGUUGUUAUUCCCGUAGAAGAGCUCAACCAACCAUUCAUUGGAAUUAAGGAUAUUUGA